UCACAAAAUCUAAGUCCAUUCUGGAAUGGAACAUCACUACCCAGUCCUACAUUAUAUACAUUAAUCAAGCCACCCUUUUCAUAUUCAUCAAGAUUAGUAUCCUUUGAAUACAGAGAUGUCUCUUCUAAUCUUUUCUUGCUUCAUGUGCUUUCUCUUGCUGACAAAAUCAACCACAGCUACAAUUUACAUGGAAUUGAAUCAAAAUUGCUCAAUGAACAAUCUUGUAACUCUUGGCGGCAUAGGUGGAGUGCUUGAUCUGAGCUCAAGGGUUGGUAAAGAGCAAAAAAUAGCUAUGGAGCUGGCUGUCCAAGAUUUUUAUAGCUCAACUUGCUAUAAUCUGCCCAUCCAUCUCAAAGAUUUGCAUGGAAACUUCGUCCACACUGCUUCUGAUGUGAUAAAAUUGGUUGAAGAAAAACAAGUUCAAGUGAUCCUGGGAGUAUUGACCUUGGAAGAAGCUUCCCUAGUCUCGGGAUUUAACAAUGGCACCACUGUUAUUUCUCUGCCUCCAACUGCCAUAUCCCCGCGUCUGUCACCAGCAGAGCCUCCGCAUUUGAUCCAAAUGAGCCAUGAUAUCCGAAUCCAUGUGCGAUGCAUUGCUGCAUUAGUAGGACACUUUAAGUGGAGAAAGUUGACAACUAUAUAUGAGCAAAGGAAUGCUUUCUCCACUGAAACUGAUCUUAUGAUCACAGAACUAUCCGAGUCUCUUCAGAAUGUUGAGUCGACGAUUGAACAUCACUUUACUUUUCCUCCUGUAUCUUCUCUUAAGAAUUCAGCCGCAUUUAUUAGCAAUGAGCUACUGAAGCUGAAAAGCCUAAACAAUAGGGUCUUUGUGAUACUAAAGUCUUCACUAGAGUUUGCUAUCCUGCUUUUUGAGAGAGCAAACCAGAUGGGAAUGAUGGGAAAAGGCUAUGUUUGGAUCAUUUCAGAUGAUCUUUCCAGUCAACUUGAUUCAAUAGGGCAGCCUGUGAUAUCUAACAUGCAAGGUGUGAUUGGUUUCAAAUCAAACUUUGUGGACACUAGUGAUUCAUUUGAAGAGUUUAAGCAUAGGUUCCGAAAAAAGUACAUAUCAGAGUAUCCUGAAGAAGAGCAUUUUAAUCCCAGCAUCAAUGCGUUACGAGCAUAUGAUGCAACUUGGAUGAUUGCCAAUGCCAUGGCAACUGCAGAAGGAAUGAAGGGAUCAAAAAUCUUGUUUGAGAACAUUUUAUCUAGCAAUUUUAAUGGCCUUAGUGGAAAGAUAAGCUUUAACAAUGGGAAACUGGAAGAACCACCCACAUUCCGAGUUAUGAAUGUGAUCGGUAAAAGCUAUAGAGAGAUAGCAACCUGGUCACCAGAGUUUGGUUUCUCAGUUAAUUUCAAUGAGGAGAAAGGAAGGGAUAUGAGAAUUGGAAAUGGAUUAGUGGGAGAAUUAGGUUCAGUUUAUUGGCCUGGUGGGGAACAGACGGUUCCGGAAGGAUGGUUUUUAGGUAACAAAGAGAAACCAAUGAAGAUCGGAGUUCCUGCUAGGGGUGCUUUUAAUCAGUUUGUGAAUGUGAGGUAUGAUCAGAAUCAAAAUGAGACGAAUGUGGCUGGAUUUUCAAUUGAAGUUUUCGAAGCUGUGGUUAAACAACUUUCCUAUAACUUCUCAUAUGUAUUUGUUCCCUACUAUGGCUCAUAUGAUGAUAUGGUGGCUGAUGUUUAUAAUAAGCGCUUGGAUGCAGCUGUUGGUGAUACAGAAAUAAUGGCAGAUCGAUACAAAAUUGCGGGAUUUUCCCAACCAUACAUGGAAUCUGGACUGGUCAUGGUAGUGACUGUCAAACCAGAUUCCACAAAGGAAAGUUUCAUGUUCUUGCGCGCCUUUACUAUGAAAAUGUGGCUUCUGAUGGCAGUAAUGAGCUUAUAUACAGGAUUUGUCGUCUGGUUGACUGAGAAUGUCGAGAGCAAUCCAGACUUUGAAAGCUCAUCCGUGUCUCACCAUGUUGGCAAAAUGCUUUGGUUCUCAGUCACGGUUCUGUCCUUCGCGCAAAGAGAAUCAAUUAGAAGCAAUUUGUCUCGAUUUGUGUUGGCAACAUGGUUAUUUGUUAUUGUCGUGGUGACGGUAUGUUUCACUGCAAGUCUUACGUCUAUUAUCACUGUCCAGAGAAUCCAACCAUCUCUUGUUAGUAUCGAGUAUCUCCAGAGGACUAAUGCAGCUGUUGGAUGUAAUGGAAACUCUUUCAUCGUUCAAUAUCUGAUCAACGUUCUACACUUCAAGCCAGAGAAUAUUAAAAAGAUUAAUUCAAUCAGGGACUACCCAGAAGCCUUUGAAAAGGGAGAAAUUAGAGCAGCUUAUUUUGUUGCUCCACACGCCAAAGUGUUCCUCGCAAUAUAUUGCCAAGGCUAUACCACGGCUGGGCCUAGCUACAAACUUGGCGGCUUUGGCUUUGUUUUUCGCAAGGGUUCACCCUUAGUUAAUGACAUUUCAGAGGCAAUUCUCAAAGUAACAGAGAGCGGAAAGAUACUUGAAUUGGAAAAACAUAUGCUUUCCGCUUCCAAUUGCAACUCAUCAUCAAUAGAUAUAUCCUCAGGUGAUACAAGUUUAGGCCCAGAGGCCUUCUCUGGCCUAUUAAUAAUUUCGGGCUGCAUAUCUGCUGUGGCCUUAUUGAUCUCAGUUGCACGUCUUCUUACGACGAGUCCUCUGAUCUUGAGCUUCACUCAGGGAAUACUAUUAAGAAGGAGAAUUGGUAGAUGGACCUCAUCAUUUCUCAGUCGAAGCGACACGACAGAGGAAUCUGCAUCCUCUGAAAGAGCACAAGACUCAAUGGGCAUUGAAUUGGCAGCCUGGAACCAAACAUAGAUGUUAAUAAUGUUGAGCAGCAAAGUGUUUAAAUGUGAUACAAAUUGUGCACCAGAUGGUAUCACAAUACAAGUUGUAUACCUGGAAGAAAUAAAAUGCAAGUAGGUGAGCUAGUUAGAAACUAGAAUACACACUAUUGUUCUCAGAGGUUGUGUAACAAUUUGUACAGUCGGGACGAUUGAUGUGUGUUGUGUAAAUACAGGUUGAGAUUAUUUUAGAAGAGUAACAAUUACAUCUUUUUAGCUCA